AUGCGUCUCAUUUUCUGGCAGGCACUUAGCGUUCUCCUCGUGAGCGUGUUGGCCACGGGCCUAUCCAAGCCUCAUGAGAAGAGGUUCCCCCAGGACAUCCACGAGCGGACCAUCCUGCAGAAUGGCCAGGUCCGCCCCACCGACUACCCGGACACCCGCAUCGACCCUGCAGAAUAUUCCUUCAACACCUACCUCCCGGAUGCUGCCGAGAUCUCGUACAAGGGUAGAUGGGACUCGAAAUAUGUGUCCUGGUGGAGCGCACCUGGGAUCAGGUUCGGCUACACCGGCCAGACGGUAGCCGUCAGCUUCGGCAACCUCACAUCGGACGGCGUGCUGGUGGGCUACCGCAUCGCCGGGCUGGACUGGCAGUUCACCAACAUCACCGCGGGCGCCACGCACCUGCUGGUCACGCCAGACACGCCGGGGUCAAACCUGACCUACCCGAUCUCGCCCGUGACCUUCGAGCUGCGCGUGACCAACUGGGCCUACGGCAUCCAGCUCUCCGCCGUCCACGUCGCCGAGGGCGAGGGCCUGGUGCGCGUCCCGGACUACGGCCGCAGGGUCGAGUUCAUCGGCGACAGCCUGACGAGCGGCAUGUACACGACGUACGAGGGCCUGUCGAGCUUCGGGUACGGCAUAGGCGCCGGCCUGGGCGGGUCCGAGUACAGCGUUACUGCGUACCCGGGGAUUUGUGUGAGCGAUCAGAACUGCUGGGGUAAUGUGCGCGGGCAGUCGCGACAGUGGUUCUACAGCUGUGACACGAGUGGGAGGGCCGUCGAGCAGUACGGAGCGAACCUCGAGAACGCAGAGCCCUGGGAUUUCUCGAAGCACCCGGCCGCCGACCUCGUAGUUAUCAACAUCGGCACGAAUGACCAGAACGCCUACAACAACGUCUCUGCGCAGACGUACCAGGACAGCCUCACCCGUCUCAUCCAAGGCGUCCAUGGCGUCUGGCCUAAUGCCCAGGUCGUCCUCAUGACCCUCUGGCUCGGCUUCUACCAGUACGGCAACAGCUACUUCCCCAACUCGCCCGACGGCUUCGAGCCGCAGGUGCGCGCCGUGCACGACUACUUCAACUCGCCCGCGUACCUGGCGAGCCCCGUGGUGUACAACGCCGUGACGAACCGGACGUGGCACCUCAACACGACGAGCGAGCCCUUCCUGCACCUGCUCAACACGAGCGGCAUCCUGCAGCACAACGACAUCGGGCCCCAAUACCACCCCACCGACGUCGGCGCCGUCAAGGUCGCCAGCCACGCCCUGCAGUAUAUUAAACUAGUGCUCGGCUGGGAGCUGCUGGCCACCGGCCCCGAGAUCCAGCACGAGACGCUGUACUGGAACGACGAGCAGAGCUACUAG